CGACCGGAAGUUGUUGGCUGCGGCUGCCGCAGCUGCUGCAACGCCACUCUAGCAACGACGUUGCUAGCCACAGGGCUUCUUCCAGCUCCUUUGCCAAAUUGCCAGCUUGUCACCGGCGAAGACAAUUACGGACGAGUUUCAUCGUCAGUCAAUAUGACUUGGAGAUGUUUACAGUCAUGCAUUUCGCCGGAAAAUGACUGUAAUUCAACGUAGAGAUACCCGGAAGUGUUGUCGAAGCCACGAGUAGAACCUUGCCACAAUGAGUGCAAAAUAUGGCCUGGCGGGGUACAACAGUUCGCGGAAGCACAUUUCAAUAUCAGUUCCGGCAUCUGCAGAGGUGAUGUCCCCUCAUAUAAAGUCUAUGGAGGAACUGAAGGUUCUUGGAAUCAGACUUGGCAACUUUAGUGCCCCCACACAGUUUUGCAUCUGUGUGGCUGGGGUCUUCUUCUUUUACCUAAUCUAUGGAUAUGUACAGGAAUUAAUCUUUUCAGUGGAGGGGUUCAAGCCCUUUGGUUGGUACCUCACUCUGGUCCAAUUUGGGUUCUACUCUCUGUUUGGACUCAUGGAGCUUCAAUUCACAAAAGACAAACGCCGAAGGAUACCUGGGAAGACGUAUAUGAUCCUUGCAUUUCUAACCGUGGCAACCAUCGGCCUUUCAAACACCUCUCUGGGUUACUUGAACUACCCGACACAGGUCAUCUUUAAGUGCUGUAAACUCAUUCCUGUCAUGAUUGGAGGAGUAUUUUUACAAGAUAAACGCUAUAAUGUGAUUGAUGUGACGGCUGCUGUCUGCAUGAGUUUUGGACUCAUCUGGUUCACGCUUGCUGACAGUAAAGUGACACCCAACUUUAAUGUCACAGGUGUUGUCAUCAUUUCCCUAGCACUGUGCGCAGAUGCCGUUAUUGGAAAUGUGCAGGAGAAAGCCAUGAAACUUCAUAAUGCCUCCAAUUCUGAAAUGGUGUUGUACUCGUACUCCAUCGGCUUUGUGUACAUCCUGACAGGGCUGCUCAGUGUGGGUGGGCUUGGACCAGCAGUCUCUUUCUGCUCAGAGGACCCUCUGACGACGUACGGAUACGCAUUCCUUUUCUCCCUUUCGGGUUAUUUGGGCGUCUCCUUUGUGUUGGCCUUGAUCAAGCUGUUUGAUGCUCUUGUUGCAGUUACUGUGACCACGGGUCGGAAAGCAAUAUCAAUUGUUUUUUCCUUCAUGUUCUUCACCAAGCCCUUCACUUUUCAGUACAUCUGGGGUGGCCUUCUGGUGCUCUUUGGCAUCUUCUUGAAUGUUUACAGUAAAAACCGUGACAAAAUGAAGCUUCCCUCAGUCAAGGACCUGAAGAGCUGGCUUUUGACGGGAAAGAAAGUCAGACUCCUCUCCCAAAAUGUCUAAGAGGCAUCCACGGGUGAUCAACAUUGAGCCAAGUGUUCUUUUUCCAACGAUCGGCCAGCCUCACAUGCGGCGACAUGACUCAACUAUGAUACCCAAUGGAAUUUUGGGCUUCUCUUCACCAUAAGACAACUGGUACAGACUGAAACUACCCCAAAGUGAAGAAAUGAGUGGCCGUUUUUGAAUGCACACCAACAGCGAUCCAAUGUGAACAACACUGAGAAGGGAAUCAAGAGACCAAAUCACACACUUUGCACUGGAAAACAUUUGUGGAAAUGAAUUGCUAUCAAUUGACAGGUUUCUUCCCAUGUAACAAAUCAACAUUGUAAGAAUGAAUUUACUGCAAUCGUAAAAUAGCCGCGACAUGUGCCACAAAGACUGGGCUUUUUUUUGUUGUUAAAAAAAAAAAAGAAUUGUAAUAUAAACAGUCUGCUCUCUGAACAGUUGUAUUUGGGUGUGUUGCUGCUAA